UGGUCCAGUCAGAUCUGGUCCAGCUCUGGUCCGCCUCUCACUCGCUCAAUGAUCACUGGGCCGGUCGCGUUCGAUCUCCAAUAAUUCCAAUUUUCCGUGCCAUAUUAGAGGUUUUUAGUUCGCGGCCAAUUGCCAUAGCCAUUAAAUCAAAUCAAAUCAAAUCGAAUCGAAUCGAAGCGAUGGCUGCCCCACCAGCCGUUAAACGCCUGCCAGACGACCAAAAGAUGGCUGCACCCCAAAUGCCCAAAAUAACAAUUACAAGCAACAGCAGCAGCAACACCAGCACCAGCAGCAGCAGAGGCGCCGCUGCACCCAAAUCGCCAGACGUCCUUACCGCCUUGGUGGCCAAAAAGAGUCUCACCUCGAUGUCCGAUGAGGAAAUCAUUCAGGAGAAUCUCAAGGAAAUAUUGGAUCUUAAAUCGCGCGAGGAGCGCAAAGCCAAUGGACGUCUGGUGGCCGUCAUUGUUUGUUUUCUGGUGAUCUUUCUGGCCAUUUACCAUGCCUGGAUACAGGACGCACUGGCUGGCGUCUUGGUGCCCGCUGGCAUUAUGCUCUCCUACUUCGCUUGGGUUGUGGUCCUGGCCAAAAGGGAUAAGCACAAGCGUGCCAUGUUUGAAAAGCACAUCGAGGAGGUGGCCAUGAAGAACAAGAGCGAGCUGGAGGAGAAGCAUUUGCGUAUGAAGCACUCGCACGGCCAUGGCCAUGGCCACGGCCACGGCCAGGGACACGGACACGGACAGACGCCCACGGAUGCGGAUCAGCAGAGCUGCAGCGGCAGUGGUAGCGCAUCGAGCAGUCUGCACUACGUUAACGAGCUGCUGCCAAUCGGGGAGCAUCGCAAGAAACAGCGCCGCCAUAGACAGCGGCACGGCGAGGGGCACGCUGAGAGGACAGGACGUGCCACCACAGAGGCAACGGUGCAUCGCAGCGGUGGGGCCAAGAGGCCCAGCAUUAGGCAGAAGCUAUUCGGCCAGAGCAUAGCCCAUGUGAAGCUGGUGGAGACGCAAAGCGACAGCAUGGACUCGACGGGCGGUGCGGGCAAUGCCAGCGGUGCCAGCGGUGCCAGCGAGAAGCGCAAGCGACUGCAGCGCAUGGACACCCUGCCCAUGCCCCAGGUGGUGCGCAUGAGCUCAGCGCCAUAGAGUAUCGUAGCGUAGAGUAGAGUAGAGCAGAGGAAGGGAAGGGAAUGGCCUUGCUAUUGUAUCGAGUAAAUAAAUGAAUUAUAAAAA